CUAAAAAUUCUCUAAAACUUCUGACCAAUCAGAGUAGUCUGAAACUGCCAUCUGAUUGGCUCUGGCAGUGAAUGGCGAGAUGAGAGAUUAAACCAGUGAAACUGCGGCGUCCCUGCAUAUCGGACAUUAACACCAACGCGUCGUUGAAGAGAUAUCUUACAACGUUAUCUAAAAGUAUAUUUUAUUCGCUUGUGGAUUAAGGUCUCGUGCUGAUGAGCGUGACGCGACACUUCAAUUUUCUACUGAAGGAACUUCACGAGCGCUGCUUCCGGUCUCUCAGUGUUCACCAUGGCAACCGUCGCUCAAACUAAAGAGCUGUUCCGCCGCGCGGAAGCGGUGUGUUUCGAUGUCGACAGCACCGUGAUCCGCGAGGAGGGCAUCGACGAGCUCGCCAAAUUCUGCGGCGUCGGUGACGCGGUCACUGAAAUGACCCGUAAGGCCAUGGGGGGAUCUGUCUCAUUUAAAACAGCUCUGAGCGAGCGCCUGUCCACUAUAAAGUGCUCAAGGGAACAGGUCAACAAACUGAUAACUGAUCACCCCCCUCAGCUCACGCCAGGGAUUAAGGAGCUUGUUGAGAAGCUUUAUCAGCGUAACGUGAAGGUGUUCCUCAUCUCAGGCGGCUUCCGCUGUAUUGUUGAACACGUGGCGUCGCAGCUCAACAUUCCUCUGCACCACGUCUAUGCAAACCGCUUGAAGUUUUACUUUAAUGGGGAAUACGCAGGUUUCGAUGAGUCUCAGCCCACAGCGGAGUCGGGUGGGAAAGGGAAAGUCAUCAGUAUGCUGAAGGAACAGUACGGCUUUGACUGUGUGGUGAUGAUUGGAGACGGAGCUACUGAUCUUGAGGCCUGUCCACCUGCUAGUGCAUUCAUUGGAUUCGGUGGAAACGUCGUGCGGCAGCAGGUGAAGGAGAAGUCCUCAUGGUACGUCACAAGUUUUGAGGAGGUGCUAGAAGAACUUGAGAAGAUUUAACAAUGACGGCUGCUAUUCUGAUGUGAACAUAAAAGAGCAUAGCAUCCUUGAUCUAUGGUACUAGCAUUGUGCCUUUACAAGUUUUACAUAAUGCACAUUUUUUUUUGUUUGUGUUUUAAAUAUGCUGUUGUUUACAUAAAGCGUACUGCGCAAGUAACACUAAACCACAGAUAACAAGUCAGUUUGCUUUGUUUAUUUUUUGUUUCUAAUGCAACAUUGUACUGUACGGUUCUGAUUUUAACUGUAAUGACCUUAACAUUUGGAGUGUGAGGCUUUGAUAGAAACAGAAUUUCUUGAUAAUUAUUUAAAAACUAAUGUUUUUCUUAUAGGUGCAGUAUGCAUAUUUGUGCAUAAAAUUGUAAUAUUGUCACAGAUAAUAUUGUUAUAAACAUUUUAAUUAACA